AUGUCUGGCUCGCCGUCCCGACCGACCCCGCCGUCCAAGCCACAUUCGGUCAUCCAUGAGGGCGUCUCCAUCUCCGGGGUACGUGUGGGGUCGGUGCUGCAAGGGACGCGCAGCCAGGACCGCUGGCUCGCGCCGGGACGCCCUUGCCUGGGCGGCCACAUGUCGCCGGGCGGAGCGUUCGCGCUUAGCGCCUCCACCAGCCGGAGCAGCGGCAGCAACGCGGCCCUCCACAGGGCCCGCGGGGGCCGCAGCGAGCUGGCCGCCCAGGACAAAAUUGACGCCACGGGAAGCCGUUCUCCGCCAUCCCGCGAGCGCAGUGGCAGCAAAAUUCAAGCCUGGCGGAGCUUCAGCGCCGGCUCCUGCAACACAUGCUCGGGCGCCCAUGUGCGCGCCUGCAGGCGCGUCGUCAACAGCGGCAGUGAAUUCCAGUUCUCCCUAGCGAGCAGCAAGAGCCUCUCGAGCCCCGACAGAUCUGUGCUCUCUACCGCGUUUGAACCAGACGACGUUAGCAUGCCGAGGCGCCAGGGCUCAACGCUGUCGGUGCACAUGAGUGCACCCAGAUCACCCGCCGGCUCCGUGGAGUACGCCUGCGCCGUCUCGCCUCCGAGCGGAGCAAACAUAUUGCCGGGCUCGCCGCUCAGGAAGCCCGUCCUGGAGACGAAGGUGAGCGCCAGGGUUGUCACGACCACUGUAGAGAUGACGCCGCGAGCGCACACCAGAGCCGUUAUGCAACGAAGGUCCAGUAUCCCCACGGGGACGUCCAGCGAAGUGCUCAAGACAGAUAAACGAGAGGGCCAAGGUCGUCGCUCCGUAACAUUCACGGAUGGCAACUUAGUGGCGACGGUACCGGAAACCAGCGUACGCGACGGCGCCACAGCCGCCGUUCCGGAGUCGAAAUCUGAGCAGCCUCAUGAUGAUAGUAGAUUAGCGGAGCCGAAGACAGUGCAGCCGCAGCAUUUGGAGCCUCGGCUUGGACCCCCAGUGGCCGAAGCCCAGGGGACAGUGCCCGAGCCAUCAACAGCGGCACUUCUGAAACCAUCAUUCGAGCCUUCUGAGCUGACCAGCCCACGCGAAAGCGCCGCAGCCGCCAUUCCGGAGUCGAAAUCUGAGCAGCCUCAUGAUGAUAGCAGACUAGUGGAGCCGAAGAUGGUUCAGCCGCAGCAACCGGAGUCUCUUCUUGGACCGCCAGUGGCCGAAGCCCAGGAGACAGUGCCUGAGUCAUCAACAGAGGCACUUCUGAAACCAUCAUCCGAGCCCUCCGAGCUGACCAGCCCACGCGAAAGCGCCGCAGCCGCCAUUCCGGAGUCGAAAUCUGAGCAGCCUCAUGAUGAUAGCAGACUAGUGGCGCCGAAGAUGGUUCAGCCGCAGCAACCGGAGUCUCUUCUUGAACCGCCAGUGGCCGAAGCCCAGGAGACAGUGCCUGAGUCAUCAACAGAGGCACUUCUGAAACCAUCAUCCGAGCCCUCGGAGCUGACCAGCCCACGCGAAAGCGCCACAGCCGCCAUUCCGGAGUCGAAAUCUGAGCAGCCUCAUGAUGAUAGCGGACUAGUGGAGCCGAAGAUGGUUCAGCCGCAGCAACCGGAGCCUCUUCUUGGACUCCCAGUGGCCGAAGCCCAGGGGACAGUGCCUGAGCCAUCAACAGAGGCACUUCUGAAACCAUCAUCCGAGCCCUCGGAGCUGACCAGCCCACGCGAAAGCGCCGCAGCUGCCAUUCCGGAGUCGAAAUCUGAGCAGCCUCAUGAUGAUAGCGGACUAGUGGAGCCGAAGAUGGUUCAGCCGCAGCAACCGGAGUCUCUUCUUGGACCGCCAGUGGCCGAAGGCCAGGAAACCGUGCCUGAGUCAUCAACAGAGGCACUUCUGAAACCAUCAUCCGAGCCCUCCGAGCUGACCAGCCCACGCGAAAGCGCCGCAGCCGCCAUUCUUGAGUCGAAAUCUGAGCAGCCUCAUGAUGAUAGCGGACUAGCGGAGCCCAAGAUGGUUCAGCCGCAGCAACCGGAGCCUCUUCUUAAACCCCCAGAGGCCGAAGCUCAGGAGACAGUACCCGAGCAAUCAACAGAGGCACCUCUGAAACCAUCAUCCGAGCUCUCCGAUCUGACUGAAGGCACGGAAAUGCCCCUAGUUCCAUUAACCGAGGGUAAAGGCCCUACUGUCGCGUCGAAGCGUCGCCGGGACCUCCCGUCAGGGCAUACAGCGGCAAUGGCUCUGGUGUUACAAGACGAGUCUGAGGAAGACGCCACUCAACGUGCUGCAAAGUCUCAGCCGCCUCCGGCAGAAGUUGCCGUUAUGAAAGAAGUGCCGAGUGGAACGCUGGGCCGAUUUUGA